UGGAAGUCCUGACCGUCCACCUCUUAAUUCAAAAUCCGGUGUGUACAAGGUAACUCGGUAUAUCUGGCAGUCUCAACCAACCUUGCCGUUAGUUCCUGGAUAUAAUUCAAAAUUUUAAAGGGCAUUCAUUGCCCCUGCUUCGUUCUUUCUUCAACCUCCGAUCAAUCAAGGUUACCCAUCAUUCCUUACAUCGAAAUAAUCCUCAAAAUGAACGGCGUUCCAGCUUCCAACGACACUUCCAACGACACUUCCAACGACACUUCCAACGUCUCUUCCAACGUCUCUUCCAACACCUCGCAAAACAUCCAUUCCAAUGUCACUUCCAAUGUCACUUCGAACGACUCUUCCACCGUCACCUCCAACGACUCGCAAAACAUCUCUCAGCAAGAUUCGCACGCAAUUCCUCGUCCGGGCUCAAAUCGCCACCAGAGAUUGAGGUCGGCAUUUCGAGCCCUGCGUGAAUCCCGUGAUCCCCCGUCCUGCUCUUCCUACGAUGGACCAGGCGCGGAUUGUACGGAGGCCUUGCGGGUCUUGCCGUGCUGCGGAGCCUGUUUCGUCGAUAUCGACAAACCGGAGACAGGUGGCGAUCAACCCGAAACGCUUAUGACAGUCUUGUAUGGCUUGAAAGACCAGCUUAGCUACGUCGGCUCCAUAGGCCCAUUUCCGUCCUUCUUUCGCUUCGCUAGCGGACACUUUGAAUACACAGUUGAGUCUGCCUACACCAUCGUAGACGGCAAAUGGUGUCUCUACCAUACCCACCCUCCCUGGAGACCACGCCCCUCGGUCAAUCGUGAGAGCUGGCCCUUCGAUAUUGUCCCUCGCUACAGCGCCAUCGCCUAUCACCACGAUUGCUACGCCACCUUCCUCCACGCCUAUCCUCUUUCCCCAGAGUUGGCCAGGGAGAGACUCUGGCUGGCUUCCGUGGUGAGAUAUCCCGGUCCCCGUCCGUACUACUACAAAGUCACAAGUCCCACCGUCUUCGACAUGUCGGAGGUGGCCAUCAGGGAGGUUGCCCGUGCCUACGGUCUGCCUGGACUGGCCCGGUGCCCAACCGAAAUUGUCCAACUCAUUCACGAGCACUCCUCGCCGGGUGUUUUUCUAUGGAAAGCUAUCUUGGCUUAUACCUUGGCCCUGCAACUCGCUUUACUACCCGAACAACCUUUCACAGAAAUUCCCCUGGCCGACAUCGUCAAGUGGAAGCGACGAGACCUGCUUCUUCCCUCCGAUCCUAAGCACGUGUCUGCUAUCAAUGAUGUAGACUCAGUCAUGCGCAUCACGCUUGAUAACCGUGGCAUCAAGGUGAUUGAGCGGCUUCCCCGUCAUCCUUCCUUUACCGGGAUUUGGUUCGCUGAUCUUGGCUUCGUCGUCGAGAAGCUUUCUACAUUGCGUAACUUUACUGCCUGUGUCAAGGACGGCUUACUCUGCCUCCGUUUUCCAAAAUUUUACCACUUUGAACUACCCAUGUGGGAUACACCAGAUCCUCCUUCCCCGGGCCAAACCACACGUCUGAUUACCGAGCGUUUUAGCCCCCCGCGCUCUCGAUACUUCCCCGUUCGCAAAGGAAUUUCUACGUGCCACAUCCUCAACUUCAAUUCAGUCACUGGCUUGACUUUCAUGUUCAGUCACAAGACUGACCUGAGAUCCAUUUUCGCCCAUUACAACGAUGACACUGGAUUUUACGACUCGCCAAUCGUUGAGAAGCACCGAACGAGGCGUCUGUGGUAUCUGCCAAUUGCUCCCGGAGACCAAAUUCUCCACAUUGGCGUCAUCCAGUGCGAGAACAGCCGCAUUUUUGUUCGCAUGCGUCUCGCGGGAGACAUUAUUAUAAAUAUGAGCACGCGUGAUACCAUCGGGCUUCCUCGAUACAGGGGAUACCCAGAUGGCAGGCCACCGGUGCUUUGGAGCAAAAAAAAGCCUAAAGCCCUAGUGUACGGCCAAGGGUGUAGGCUUCACGAAGAGAAUAUUAUUUUCGCGACAAUACAUGACCUCGACAAUUCCGAAGGAACAAGAACACCAUCCGAUGAUGUUGGAGGCCUCAAUGAAGACGAAAUCAGCACCUUUCGCUACCCCAGACUGCCUGAUAAUCUUAAUAUUCCUUGUGACGGGGUCGUGAGCUACGCACCUCUUUCGGAAGUAUCAGAAGCCCGGGUUUAUUAUCUUGAUGACGGGAGCGGCUCGGAGGGAACGUGCCUGGGCAUCAUUUUCCGGUACCGCAAUGGGGGCUGCCGAGCCGUUGGCCAUGUUUGGGAUCUUAGCAGUCGUGCUUACAGUGAUCCCACGCACUUUUGCGUUAGUUCCGGAAGCAAAGGUGCGACGGUGGAUUUCCUGCCAGAACCCGACGCUGAUAAGUCACAAGGCCAUAAUCAUGCUGAAAAGGAUGCUAUGAGCUGCAGUAAUUACAGGCCAUUGCGAGGAACCACCUUUGCUUACACUAGCUACGAUGGACGGAAAAAGAUGAUGCAGCUUCAUAUCGAGGUGACAGACGAAGAGAUCUAUCCCGGCACUGCGUCCGUGGAGGAAAAUGAUGUGUAGUCGUCUACUUCUCUAAAGUUUUGGAUGGCCGGCCAUCCUCUUUCCUCUCUUUCUGCCUACAAUAAUCUCCAAAAGUUGGAACACUCGGAGGAAUACGUGAUGG